AUGGCCAAUGGGGAUGAUCGCUCCCAAAAUGGUCGUCAACACAAGAAAGCUCGUCUCUCCUAUGGAAACCCAUCCAACGACCAUGGCAAUACUUUCGGUCAUACCAACGGAAGAGAGGCGAACCACGCGGGUCCGAGCAGUGCACCAUUGAAUCCAGCGGCGCAGGCCAUUCAAGAGCAACGCAAACAGCUGCCAAUUUACCUAGGCGCAGAUGCUCUCAUCGAGGAGAUCAAGAAGAACGACGUGACCGUUCUACUUGGAGAGACCGGUUCCGGGAAAACGACGCAGGUCCCGCAAUACCUUCUGGAAAGCGGUUUAGCAGGGAACAGGAUGAUAGCCGUGACUCAGCCUCGCAAAGUUGCUGCAACCAGUCUUGCACAACGCGUCGCAGCGGAACAAAACGGUCCACUUGGCAAGGUCGUUGGAUAUGCCGUCCGCUUCGACGAAAAGUCAAGCCCCCACACUCGUAUCAAGUACAUGACGGACGGGAUGAUCAUGCGGGAAUUGAUGUCCGACCCUUCGUUGUCGAGGUAUAGCGUGGUGAUCGUCGAUGAAGCCCAUGAACGGACACUUCGCACGGAUUUGCUUAUCGCAAACCUGAAAAAGCUUCAAAAAGAGAGGAAUGGAUCGUCUAAUGCGAAGGGGAAGGGGAACUCUAACAACUCCAAGCCAUUGAAGAUAGUCAUCAUGAGUGCGACCUUGGAUGCCGAGAAAUUUAGCAAGUUUUUCGACAACGCGAAAAUUUUGUAUGUUAAAGGACGGCAACAUCCAGUCAAGAUUUUCCACUCGGCGGAGGGUCAACCAGACUACGUGGAUUCAGCUAUGCGGACAUUUUUCCAAAUACACACCGAUCAACCCCCGGGGGAUGUGUUAAUUUUUCUCCCAGGUCAGGAAGACAUUGAAAGUCUCGAAAAGUCAAUAGACAUGUUCGCAAAGCGUCUACCCCAAGAUUCACCAGAGGUACUGGUUUGCCCCAUGUUCGCGGCUCAGGCUCCAGGAAAAAAUGCGAAGGUUUUCCUGUCUCCACCACCAAAUACACGGAAAUGUAUAUUGGCGACCAACAUCGCAGAGACAUCUAUCACGAUACCAGGCGUAAAAUACGUCAUAGACACGGGGAAGUGUAAAGAAAAACAAUACCUAGCUCGAAUGGCUGGAGGUUUUGACACCCUACUUACGAGAGACAUCACAAAAUCUUCGGCGAUGCAGCGAGCUGGUCGAGCUGGGCGAGAAGGAUCGGGUCUUUGCUUCCGUCUCUACACAGAAGAUGCAUUCAAUUCGAUGGCACUUUCUGGAGAACCAGAAAUACUACGGUGUAGUCUCACAUCGAGCAUAUUACAGCUGCGAUGCCUUGGCCAAGAUCUCAUGGAACUCGAUCUUAUGGAUGCCCCAGACACAGAUACUAUCUGUUCUGCUUUGAAAACCCUCUUCAUAAUCGGUGCCUUCGAUAAGCAAUCCCAACUCACCCCAGCAGGCCGUCACAUGGCUUCUUUCCCUCUCGAACCUCAACACGCCUGCGCGAUCGUUGCUUCAAAAGAACAUGGAUGCUCAUCAGAAGUGAUCGACGUCAUCUCAGUACUUUCUGCCUCAUCCAAACUCUUCCUCGACGUCACGGAAAAGCGAGACGCAGUCUCGGAAGCACGCCGCAAGUUCCGUCAUCCAAGCGGAGACCACCUCACCAUCCUCAACGUCGUACGCGCGUACCAGGCGAUCGCUUCGUCAGAGAAGAAGAAGUCCAGGAAAGACUGGUGUCGGAAACAUUUUUUGAAUGAGAGGACACUGAUUGAGGCGAGGGAGAUUAGGGAGCAGCUGAGGCAGACGUGUACGAGGGUGGGCGUGGAUUAUACGACUUCAUGUGGUGAGAAUGAGGGUCCGGUGAUCGCUUGCCUGGGACAUGGGCUCGUAGCCAACUCGGCUUUUCUCCAGCCUGAUGGGUCUUACAAACAGACGAUGGGAUCAUCAUUUGUUAAAAUUCAUCCUGGCUCCACCCUCAGCGACAAAAAGGUACCAGCUAUAGUCUACGACGAGCUGGUAUACACCAAUCAAAUCUAUGCCCGUGGAGUAUCCUCAAUCCCCAAGAGCUUCUUCGCAAAACAUCACGCACUCUCCCAACGAGCAGCAUGA